GUUGAGAAGCUUCAGUGUGAUUGUGACCCAGCAUUAAAACAGUCAGUUAACUGUGAUGAGGUCAGACUUUGUGAGGGUUGCUGGUUGAAUUCCCUGACCUGCCUGGCUCAUACAUACUGUUACAGCGGCAUCAGGAGGAAGACUGUGCUCAACAUGCCUUUGCUGCCAAACCUGGAUCUGAAGAAUGACCCGGCGGAGCUGACGGAGCUCGUUCAGACCUACAAACAGGAAGUGACAGAGGCUGCAUGUGAGCUGAUCUGUGAUUGGGCGCAGAAGAUCCUGAAGCGUUCCUUCGACACAGUGGUGGAGGUCGCUCGUUAUCUGAUCCAGGAGCACAUUGUAAACCCUCGCUGCAGCCAGGCGGAGUUGGUCACCUCCGCAGCGCUCGCAGGAGGUCCAGCCAAACCACAUAAGGUCAUCAAGAAAGCUCUGGUUGUUUCUAAAGCUGAGUCAGACGGAGUUGCAGAUCAGAAGAAGGAGCCUGGAGAAUUGUCCUCACUGAAGCUGCCGUCUGGAGACAAAUCAGCCACCACCAAGCCCUCCUCCCUGGACACUCCGCCUCCUCCUUCUUCCUCCUCCUCUUCCUGUCUGCGCCCUGCGGUGGAGGCGUUCAUGAAGCAGUUACCCAGAAUCCUCCCCCGUAGCUCAAUCCCUGAUAAAACCCAGCUCUCUGUCCGCUCGUCUCCGCCCUCUCUGGCGCCAAAAGACGCCUCGGGAGUUGGAGGAGCAUCUGGACCUGGAGGCCCGGCUGCUGCCGCUGCUGCCAGCGGUGGUGGAGUUAAGGUCAUUGCCAUGGCAACAGGUGGCCCUGUUCCGGUGAUGAUCUUGCCUCAGGGCUGCCUGUCCUAUGAAAGAGAGAAGGUCGCCCCACCCCCAACACCUCCACUUCCUCCACAGAACCCCCUAGCAGCCCCAACCUCUGUGGUCCAGAAAGCUCGAGGGAAUGUCACCAAGCGCCCCCUGGAGGUGGUGAUGUCAGCUGGUGCAUCAGGCGUCUGUGGUGGCUCUGCUGCCAACGCUCAUCCAGUGAAACGGAAACGUGGCCGACCAAGAAAACCUCGGCCUGAGGACACGCUGCUUGCUCUUCCUCCUCCAACUUCUGCUGCUCUUCCUCCUCAGCCCCCACCCUCUGCCCCUCCCUCCCACCCUCCUAUCAUCACCUCCCUGACCGGUGGCGUCAUCCAGAAAGCAUGCUCUUCCUCUUCUUCCUCGCAGCCAGUAUUAGGGCUGGUGAUCCAGGAUCAGCCUGGCCUUGUUGUGAGUCAGCUGCCGGCGGUGUCAGAGCACCGUGGCGUGGUGGUACAGUGUCAGCCGGGUGGGGUGUCUGAGCCAGAACGCCACAGUCGACCGCUGCUGCUGCUCCAGACUCCAGGGAACCCUAGCUGGGAGCUGGCAGCAUCAGGACGUACACCGAUGGUGGAGGUGAUCCAGAAAGCUCCAAGACCAAGCAAUAACAACAGCAGUGCCCUCGCUCCUCUCCCUGCAGCCCACCUUCCCCCUCCCCUUCCCAUGCCCAUGCUACACGAGGAGCGGGGGGAGGUGGAAAUAAUGUUGACGCCGGUGGAGCUGCACGUCAACCCGCCGUUGCCUCUCCACAGCUCUUCCUCCUCUGCGGCUCCCGCCUCCUCGCCGUCUAUCUCCUCCUCCAUGGGGGGGAGGGGCCAGGAGGAGGAAGGGGUGCGACGAGAGACCAGCACCUCCUCAAAGAGAGAGGGACAUUAGACCCUCCCUCUUUUCUUUUUAUCAGCUCUCACUACGCUUUACCUCACCUGCAACUUUGCCGUGCCCCCUGACCUCUCCUCUUCCUUAUUGGUGGAAAUCCCAGAUUGGUGACAGCAGAGAGCCAAUGAGGAUAGAUGAAGCCAACCCUCGACACACUUUGUUUUCAUUGCACUGUAAACAUAUGCUGUUAGAAACCUGUGAUACUGCAUGUGUGUGUGUGUGUGUGUGUGUGUGUGUGUGUGUGUGUGUG